AUGGCCACCAACAAUGCUCAUCACUCAUUGGCAUUCGUCUUCAACUCGUCGACAUUCAACAACCAAUCAAGAUCCCAUCGUUUGAGAUUGGUCCAUCACGUCCUUCAUCAUGCCUACAAGAUUGGAGCAACUCGAUUGAUCAAACUGUGCAUCAAUCACAUUGAAUCACUCAAUCAACUGCAUUGUGAUGAUGAUGAUCAACCAUUUACAGUUCCAUUGACUCCUGUGAUUGGUAACAGGGGCACAUCAGACCAACAUGUCUUGGAGAGAUCAUUCCACAUGGUGAUGGGUGAUACCAAACUUGUCACACUGAUCAUGCGACACAUUGGACUCAUUCACUCAUCAUCCAAAGCGAUCAAAGGAUCAACAUUGCUGGACAAUCACAAACUUUCUGAUUACAUCAAGUAUGGUGCCACUGAAUACUUGAUACAGGCAUACACCUCAAUCAAACAAUCAUUCCCUCACAACACAACAUUGUUGUAUGAGGCAUUCGCCAAGUGUAACACCAUUGCCUUGGAUGCACUCCUGUUCAAUCCAAACAUGAGCGUUUACUUUGACGCUGGUUGCCUUGCCGAGAUGUCGUCAUCAUUCUCACAUCCACAAUGGGACCGUAUCGUGGAUGAGUACAUCAAGUUCACAUACCAAUAUGCCACGCCAAAAUGGUUCCAAAGGGACCACUUCUUGUCAACGGUCAAACAUCCAGCAAUCGUUCGUAAGCUCAUGGACUUUGGUGUUGAAUUCAAUCAAAUUGAGGAGACAUAUCACAUCAUUGAUGAAAACUGGUUCACCAGGCCAUGUGCCCUCGAGACACUCCAGUUCUAUCUCCAACACAAGAUCUUGGCUCCUUCAAUCCUACCGCCAUUGAUGAAUGAGUGCUGCAUGAAUGGACCCAUGGAAUCAUUCGACAUGUUGAUGUCAAUUAUAGAUGAUACCGACCAAGUUUAUGAUGAUGAUGAUGAUGACAAUAAUUAUCAUACUGAGGACUGGAUCAUUUAUUUCUCGGAUCAGUUUACAAAGUGUGGACAUUUGGACAUUGUGAAACGAUUGUACUCAUACCUUCAAAGAAAAGACGUUGACCUGACAAAACUCAUUCUGAGGGCAAUACCAUGCGCACUGGAGAAAGGUCAUUUGGAUGUGUUCAAUUACCUCAUGGAUGUUCUGCCAUCAUUGAUCAUCGGUGGUGGCGACAAACCAUCAGACGACGAUGAUGAGAGCGCCGAUUCAGUUGCCAAGGUUGCCAAUGUUGGAAGCGUUCAUCACAGUAACAUAUCAAUCGACUUGAUCAAAAGAUUGAAUUCAUGUCCGUACAUCAUGUUCAAAGCAAAUGAUGAUUGUCUUAUUCAGGCUCUCAAGACUGGCGACACGGAUCUGAUCGAACACUUAUUCAUGGAGCUCAUAGAGAGAAAAACAAACUAUAACCUUGGGAACUCAUUUAAAGUGGCAAUGGAGGUUGGUAAUGUUAACAUUGCCAGAAAGAUGAUUGCAAUGCGGCCAGAGAUGAAGGUGUCCGGUGAUCACGUACUCUCGUUACUUAAGUCGCUAGGUGGACGUGACAUUGCCAGAGAUGAUAAAGUGACCGAGUCCACAAUCAUUGAGAUUCUCAGAUUAUCGCAUGGAACAUAUAUAAACGUAACAAAUAUGGUUCGGGCAGCAUCCAACAACUCGCUGUCUCUGAUCAAGUUGGUGGUCGAGCACUUCAACUCAGUGCCCGAGAAUGAUGUUGACAGAAUGUCAGCCACAGACUUUAGACAAUCGAUUGAUGUGUGUGCCAAGCGAUGCGAUAUCCAAUCGAUUGACUAUCUGAUCGAUGUGGCCAUCAAUGUCGAUGGGAGGAAUCCACAAGAUGAAAUCUCGACUGGUGUCAGAUAUGGAUGGGAUCAACAUCGGAUACAUGAUAUCAUCACAUUGGAUGUGAUCACCAACUCGUCAGUGUUGACGUAUUUCAUGGACAAAGGAUACAUCAAUGUUUGUGACGACAAUGACAAGUUCAACAGCAAUGCAUUGACCACCAUUGUCAACAACGCAUGUGUCAGUGACAACUUGGACAUAAUCCGCACGAUCUAUCAACGAUGUUUGACACCAUCACAACUCCAGAGAUGUCUUCCAUCAAUGUCCAGUAUCAACAAAGCAGUGAGCAACAACCAUCACAGAUUGAUCUGUUAUAUGUUUGAAGGUGAUCGUGAUGUUGAUCGUGUUGGAUCACCGUCAUCAUCAUCACUCUCACCUUAUGUUCGAGCAGGUAUCAAUCAACGAUCCAUCAACAAUCUGGUCAAAUAUAUUCGCCAUCAAGCCUGUGUUGAUGGAUGUAUGAACAUCAUCAACAUGUGUGAUCGUAUCAUUGAAUCAAUCAACCAAUAA